AUGAGCCUGGGGAAGCUGCCGGUGCUCAGCUGGGUGUCAGGCUCCCACGGCAAGCGGCGGCUGAAGUCGGAGCUGACGCCGGACAUGAUCAGCCCGCCGCUGGGAGACUUCCGGCACACCAUGCACGUGGGCCGCGGCGGGGACGUCUUCGGGGACACCUCUUUCCUUAGCAACCACGGCGGGGCUGACACAGCCAAACCCAACAACUUCUUCGCCCGGACGCUGCGGCACGUCCGCCGGACGCCGCUGAGGAGACGGGGCAGUGGGGACCAGGCGGGGGCCUCGCCCGCCCCCCCAGCCAUCUCGCCCAUCAUCAAGAAUGCCGUCUCGCUGCCGCAGCUCAAUGAGGCCGUGUAUGAUGGAGGCAGCGGUGGACGGGGCUUGACCAGCAAGUUCUCCUUCAAAAGCACCUCCAACAGCUUCUCCAAAACACACCAGGCCUACGGGCUGGAGUCUGGAUUUUGUACCAUCCCUCGUGUCCCUCGUUUGGAAAAGGCCCAGGAGAGUGCCUAUCCUGGGGAAGAUGAGCUGGAUCGCUCCGACUCCCUGCUGUCCUUCCGCCUAGACCUGGGACCCUCCCUGAUGAGUGAGCUCCUCCAAGUGAUGAGCUUCCCUGAAACCAAUGGGAAUGAGGUGGGGCAGGAUGGCUCACACCUCCUGUGUGAAGAGGGGACAAAGGACAGGGUCCCUCCAGCAGUGUGUGCAUCCCAUGAAGAGGACAAAGCAGCAUCCAGCUUCUGGGACCACUCCAGGCAGAGCAACCUGUCGGGGGCCAGCUCACUGCCGGGUCUGUCGGUCCAUGCCAACGGAGAGGCACACGCCAUUGAAGGUGCUGGAGUGGACUCUGCCUGGGCUUCGGGGCCAGGGGCGGUGCCCAGAGGGUCCCCAUGGCAGGGCCACUGGAACGACUGCACCAUUGAGGCUGGAGAAUUUGACCGAGCAACCCAGAUCCUGGCCCGCCAUUAUGGUGGGACCAGCACCCCACGGAGCUCAGAGAAGGGUGAGGGUCCCCGGCAGGCCCGGACACAGACCCUGUGGCAAAGCCCCAGCAGUACCCUGUGGGGGUCACAAGUGACCAGGGAGAGCCGGUCCCCCGAGGCCAGCUGGAACCAAGGAGAGGAGGAGGAGACCAAGCUCUCCAGCCUGCAGGAAAGCUACAGUGGUGCCCCAGGGGGCUGCAGCAAUUCCUUCGAGUAUGCUGAUGAGGAGGAGGAAGAGGACGAUGAAGUCAAAGUGUGAACAGCCAUGCCUCCCAACACAGGCCCCACCUGAGACACUGGUGCCAGGGUCUUUGCCCUCCUCCCUGUGCCCCACCCGCUGGUGCCAGUGUCACCAGCAGACCCAGUGGGUGACUUCCUUGCCAAGUGGGGGCACUGAGCAGGCUGGGGAGGGCAGGAGGAGAGCCCAUCUCCUGGGCCACUCUCUGGGGCUGGGCCAGGCUGCUGCAGAGGGCCAGUGGGCACCACAGAGCCAGGCACAGCAUCCCUUCUCCAGCCUCAUGGUCAUUAGACAUCCAAGGAACAUUCCCAUGUGCCAAAGGAACCCCGAAUCCUUCCUACCCCAUCCCGUUCUCCCCAGCACCCUCUCUCUCAACCUUCGGCCUGGCUCCACCAGCAUAUCUGGGGACAUACUCCAUCCUUCCAUUGGUGUCCUCAACCAUCCUCUGCAAUGGCUCCCCAGAGAUAUUCCCACUGAUAGCUCUGGCACGUAGGGGAUGGGGUCUCCCCAGAUCCAGCUGGUGCAGGACCCUUCAGUAUAGCACAUCUAUCAACAGGGUGAGGUCAGCUGGGGUCCCAAGGGACAGGCAAACUCCACAGAGCUGAGCUUUCUCUUUUCCCCUGCCCCCACGAAAAGCUGUGUGCUCAGUGUUCAGGAGGUGAGAGCGUGCACAGAAAUAAUCAGGAAUCUUUCCACUUGCCUCCUGCUGCUGGGCAUCACUUAGUACAGCUUCCUUCCUGACUCCCACUCCUCUCAGCAAUUGAGAGGGGAGAGACCUCUUGGCUGACUGGUAGCAAAGGCAGGUUGUCAGGUCACCAAAUCCUGCAGGCCCUAAAAAUUCCUUAUUUUCCCCCUGCCUCAAAACAAGGGAGAUUCCUCUGCAGCCGUUCAGUUUGUGGCACCAUCCUCAUGGUGGUGGCACAGUUUGUGUCUCCAUCCUUGUCCCCCUCCCCAUUCCCCACACACACUCCCCUCUUUGCAGCGCACCCAUUCCCAAGAGUAAUGUGGACCACGGCUAAUGUCCCUUGCAGAGUGGCCCUGGGUGACACAGACGCCCUGGAAUGAGCUGCCCCCCACGCUGGCCCUUGUGCAAACGGGCCCUCACAGAAGUGCCUUUGUACCAUGGUGUGGAGCCAACAUGCUCGGGGGGUGAGGUCACCAGAGGGUCCCUCACAGGACCCCCCUUGUUCUCUGGGACAGUGGGAGGAGAUGCUGGGCCAUGGCUGCAGGACUCUGCUCCCACUCAGCUCACCCACCACCCGGCUGCUUUUGCCAGGAAGCUCUUCAGAGCAGGAUAAAGAGCUCCAGGGUGUGCACAUACUGCACGUGGAAGUGCCACUUGCAGCCAGGCCACCAAGGUUAAGGGCAAGCCCGUGUUCCCCAGCCUCCCCAAGGGGCUGCAUCAUGCCAGCCACCAACAGCAAACCAGGGCAGGCACCAGCUUCAAGCAGUCUCCAGGUCUGGCCACUGGCACCCAGCAGGAUCAGCCUUAUUCUCCCCUGCAUCUUCCAGGGUGGGCACCUGGGCUCUCAGGAUAAGCUCCCCUCUGCCCUCUGUUUCCCAGACCAUAACACAAGACCAAAGACCCAUACCUAUGGA